AUGAGAGAGGGAAAAGAAAGAAAUGUUCGUCAGGUGCGUUGUUUGCGUACUGCCAAACAAUAGAAACGACAUUUUUAUGCAGACGCUUUUUGAGAACCUCCUCAUUUUCCACCUUUAACACAAGUCGAAUGGACAAUUCUGCAGGAUUUUGUGAAUCACGGUGAGUUGUAAAAAAAAUCAAUAAAUAAAAAUUUUCAUACAUUGAUACAGAAAGAUUCCCGCCCUCCAUCAUAACUCUUCAAAUUUGCGAGAAAAUCGAAGAGGAUCAGGAAAAUGAGCAAUUUUUGACAGUUCGUCGAUUCGUUGAGGUAUUUUUGAUGUUUUCAGCUAAGUAAAUCGCAAUUUUUUUACAGAUCAAUCCAUUUUCGAUGAAGCUUUACUUGAAGAAAACAGUUUCGCCAAUUGGAAAUUUUGAAAAACUCGAAAAUCAUCGGAAAAUUCAUCGAUUUAUCACAAAGUUUUGA